GUCUCAGCAGUUGAUCUGUUACUAGAUUACAAGUCCAGCAAGAGAGAAGUAGGGUCCAAAAGGCCACCAGUAUCUAGGAUUCUUGCAACCAAAUCACGUAGAUAGGAGUAACACUCCAACAAAGAGGAAGUCAAAAGGGGGAAAAUGGGGUCGAGAGUUCUGACGGUGGCACAAGAUGGGAGUGGUGAUUUCAAGACGGUGCAGGAGGCCAUUGGUGCUGUUCCUUUGGGCAAUACUUGUCGAACUGUGAUUCGUGUGUCUCCCGGUGUAUACAAGCAGCCGGUGUACAUACCCAAGACCAAGAACUUCAUUACUCUCGCCGGUUUCCGUCCUGAAAUUACUGUGCUCACCUGGCACAACACUGCCUCCUCUAUUUCACACCAUGAGGGAUCACGAGUUAUCGGAACAGGGACGUUUGGAUGUGGAAGUACCAUUGUGGAAGGAGAGGACUUUAUUGCUGAGAAUAUCACCUUUGAGAAUUCUGCUCCUAAAGGCUCUGGUCAAGCUGUGGCUCUUCGAGUGACUGCUGAUCGCUGUGCAUUUUACAAUUGCAGAUUCCUUGGCUGGCAGGACACACUGUAUCUGCAUUAUGGGAAGCAAUAUUUGAAAGAUUGCUAUAUUGAAGGAAGUGUGGACUUCAUUUUUGGUAAUAGCACAGCUCUUUUGGAGCAUUGUCAUAUUCACUGCAAAUCAGCUGGAUUUAUAACUGCACAAAGCCGAAAAUCUUCUCAAGAGACAACUGGCUAUAUAUUCUUAAGAUGUGUCAUUACUGGCAAUGGCGAGACAGCAUACACAUGUCUUGGAAGACCGUGGGGACCUUUUGGGAGGGUUGUAUAUGCAUACACUUAUAUGGAUGCUUGCAUUAAGCAUUGUGGCUGGGAUAACUGGGGCAAGACAGAAAAUGAAAGAUGUGCUUGCUUUUACGAGUACAGGUGUUUUGGGCCAGGUAGUUGCUCCUCCAAACGUGUCACAUGGGCUAGGGAUCUCUUGGAAGAAGAAGCUGAACAGUUCAUAAUGCAUAGUUUUAUCGAUCCAGAUCCAGAAAGGCCUUGGCUGGCUCAAAGAAUGGCUCUACGGAUACCCUACUCUGCUUAGGACAAUGUAAGAAGCUGGCUGACUCAGAAACGAAGAUAUAUGGUUUGUAAGCAGAAAAAGACUACCUCGCCCUACUCAAUAAAUUGUUAGUUAGCCAUUUCAACCUCUUCGGUGAUUACAACUUCAGGUUACACGGAAAUGUGCUAGAUCAUUUGCAUUUGCGACCAGACCAGAUAUCUACUCUUAUGCUUUUGGUGCUUUUUAACUACUUUAUGGUUAUGUGCCUCUGUCGUACUUAAUUUCUGUGGUAUUAACUGCUAAGAUAUUUGUAUGUAUUUGAUCUUGCUUUUCUAGUGCAAUGCAUAAUGCUGAUGUAGUUCUCUUUCUUU